CUCUAACCAACAGAGGGCGCCCUCUGAGAUGUUCGUCUUCGGGAAAAAGUUUUCCUCUGUCUGAAUUUCUCUGAUUCUUUGCUUGAAAAGAGGCAGUUAAUUUACGGAAUGUCGGGAAAGAGAAGAGUUUUUGUGGUUGGAGUCGGCAUGACUAAGUUUGAGAAGCCAGGCCGACGUGCAGACUUUGACUACCCAGAUAUGGCUAAGGAGGCUGGCACCAAGGCCCUGCAGGAUGCUGGUAUCAAGUACAGUGAUGUGGAACAAGGUGUGGUGGGGUAUGUGUAUGGAGACACAACCUGUGGCCAACGUGCUAUGUAUCAACUGGGAAUGACUGGUAUUCCUAUAUACAAUGUUAACAAUGCGUGUGCCACAGGUUCUUCUGCCUUGUUUCUGGCCAAGCAAUUGGUUGAAGGAGGGAUGGCUGAAUGCGUUAUGGCACUGGGAUUUGAGAAAAUGCAACGAGGUUCACUGAAAGCACAGUUUGAGGACCGUACCAACCCAAUGGACAAACAUGUUGAGGUCCUUCUGAACAACCAUGACCUGCAGCCUGCUCCAAUCGCUGCUCAGAUGUUUGGCCAAGCUGGCAAAGAACACAUGCACAAAUAUGGAACAACAGCAGAACAAAUAGCAAAGAUUGCAUACAAGAACCACAAACAUUCCACAAACAAUCCGUAUUCACAGUUCCAAACAGAAUACUCUUUAGAUGACAUCCAAAAGUCGCCAAUGGUUUCCGAACCACUCACCAAGUUACAGUGUUGCCCGACAUCAGAUGGAGGUGCUGCAGCUGUUUUAUGCAGCGAAGACUUUGUACGGAAACAUAAGCUGCAAGGACAAGCAGUGGAGAUAAUUGGUAUGCAGAUGGCUACAGAUCUGCCCAGCACGUUCGAGGAAAACAGCGUCAUGAAAAUGGUUGGAUAUGACAUGACCAAGAAAGCAGCAGAUGAGCUUUUUAACAAGACAGGAAUCCGCCCCACAGAUGUCCAUGUCGUUGAGCUCCAUGAUUGCUUUGCCGCUAAUGAGUUAAUUACAUAUGAAGCACUUGGUCUGUGUCCACCAGGUAAGGCCGGUGAGCUAAUUGAUGAAGGAGAUAACACCUAUGGAGGGAAGUACGUCAUUAAUCCUAGUGGUGGUCUCAUCUCUAAGGGCCAUCCACUAGGUGCAACAGGAUUAGCCCAGUGUAGUGAGCUGUGUUGGCAAUUGCGUGGUGAAGCUGAUAGGAGACAGGUCCCUGGAGCCAAGCUAGCAUUACAGCAUAACAUUGGACUAGGAGGUGCAGUUGUAGUUACACUCUACAAAAUGGGAUUUCCUGAUCACCCUAGGACACGAAUCCAGCCCAGGCUGACAGCAGCUGAGACGUUCCAGUGUGAACAAUUGUUCAACCUCAUCGCAGAUCACUUGAAAGAGGCUGGUGGUGACCUUGUUGAGAAGACCAAAGCCUCCUUUGGGUUCAAGGUUAUCGAUGGGCCUGGUGGUAAGACUGGAUUCUGGGUGGUUGAUCUCAAGACUGGUACGGGCAGUGUUAAACGAGAUGUACAGGAAAAAGUUGACGUGACAUUCACCAUCAAGGAUGCUGACUUGGUUCAAUUGAUGAUGGGAAAGCUCCAGCCACAAUCGGCAUUCUUCAGUGGUAAACUCAAGGUGGCUGGUCAGAUGAGGUUUGCUACCAAGUUGCAAGCAAUCCUCCCAAAGGAUAUGGCAGUCAAGGCUAAACUUUGAGGUCACAUAAACUAACAACUUGAAAACGUACACAUUCAAUGAAAACCAGAUUUUCAAGCAGGAGGAAAAUUCAAACAAUUAUGAGAACUCAUUUAAGAUUUUAACUCAUUAAUUUGUGUCCAUGAAUGGGUAAUGAUGGAAAAACGUCCUGAAAUCCCUGAAUGGUUGAAAUUCAAAAUGCAGGGAAGUGUUUACUAGCUUUCAGUCCCAACAUUAUUGACUCUGAUAAGGGGGGGGGGGCAGAGACCAGUCCUGUGAUAUCUGAAUUGUUCCAUAACUAAUAUUUGGACAAUUCUUCGGCCGAUGUCUUAUUUAAAAAAAAUAGUUUUUCUGGAAAAAGACCAAUUUGAAAAACAAAUCUAUUUGUCUUGGUGAAUUAAACGGCUGAAUAGCAUGGACAGUACACAUAAAAUAAAUUCAAAUUUAAGAAUGGCUUGGGUGGUUUUUUGGGGGGGUGUUUUUUAUACAUGUAAUUCACUUUUAGUUUCAGGCCAGUUUCAUUGUAUACUUUCUUUGUCAUAGUCUUGAUGUACCUUAGAACAUAUUGGGGGAUGUUUGUACAUGCUAUAAUGGGUGCAUUCUAUUAGCUUACACUUGUCGGCAAAACUUACAUGAGAGCGUUGUUUAAAAGCUAAUGAACUAUACCCUCCAAAGAUGAACAUGUAUUGAUAUUUGCAAUGUACUUUUUAAAAGUUGUGAAAAGUGGGUGCUUUGAAGGUUCGUUUUUUUGGGGACACCCUGUAUAUGUAUACUACAUGUCUACAAACGGCAAUCAAUGUAUCAACCAGAGAUCUGUACAUGUACUGUGUGCAUUGUGCGUAUUCUGAUGCACUACAGAGUUGGGCCACGGGCAUUUGAACAGCUAAAGCUAAAUAUGUGCUCAUUUCAAAUAAUUGGGGGAUUAUUGUUAAAAUCAGAUAUAUCCAGAUUUUAUUGGGGUGUUUUCAACAUGUUCAAACACUUGAUACUUUGCAUGAACUCCCUCUGUCUAUCUGUAGAGAGCUUUAUUAUUCCUUGACUUAACCUUGGGAAAAUAGAGUGCUCCAUGGGCUUUCCAUGACUACACCACUAAAAGCAGUCAAAUUUUUAUAUUAUCCUCUCCUCUUCAUCCCCUUGUCUUUUGCCCAAUCCUCCCUGCUGUAAUUUUAGAUAAUAAUGUACAUACAUAAUCAAUUUAUAUUAAAUAUGUCUUGUGAUGGUAUUGUAGAAGUCUGCUGAGCGAUUCUUGGGGAAUAUUAUGUAAAGUGUGAAUCAAAACGAAGAUUUGCACCCUAGUGAUGAUGAAGAGACGCCCAUUGGGAAAACUCACAUUGACAUUUGGAUUACAGAUUCUGAUACUUUCAUGGAUUUGUACGCCUGUUUACGUGAAUCUUUGUUGCCUAUAGAUUCAGUUUUUGGUAUUAAUUUUCACAGAAUAAUUUUUGGGAAAUAUUAUAAAUUGGUUGGUAUUUAAGUAAUAAUUUAUAUAUAUUUCAAAAUUAUUGAUAGUGUUGAUGUCUUAUGCAUGAUUUUGAAAUGGUUCUGUCUUGUGUUUGUAAAAAGGAUACAUUCAGUGCACAUAAUCGAUAUUCAAUUUUGAGGGGUCAUUUUAUUUAAAGCAAAUUGAUGACGUCGUAAUUCCGCUAAUUCCUCAUCAGCAAAUAUACCUUUGCAGUUAAAAUAAGGUUCAAAUGUGUUACCUUACAGAUGCGCUAGAGAUUCAUUAAAUGAAUUAGACAUUUUCAGACUAAUUUGAUUCAUUUACACCACAGUGUGCCCUAAAUUGACAACAAGUCGAGUCAUCGUCCCUUGACGAGUGGCAGAGUUUAUUGGAGGGUAACCUUUGUAUGCAUAUGGCGUAAAUGUAAAUGCAUUUAUGAUGGAAUUCUAAUAAGGGUUUUCUUAGCCUUUUGUUAACAAUAAUCAGAAUUCCAUAAUCACAUGGUCGUCAUUGCAUAGAAACAAAUAUUUCUGACAUGAUGUUGCAGCUGAUUGUUCCUGAGAUUGAUUCAUUUUGAAAUAAAAUAAUGAAAAGAUAU